AUGGUGAGGCAUCGUAUUCUCAUAUUCUUCUCUGUCUUGUGCAUUUAUUUGGAAAUUGCUGCCGCGGACUUCUACCGCGGCGAGCUUGAGCCGCGAUACAGUCGUCGGACUCCUUACCGCCAACAAUCCGAUAUUCCAGAACCCGUUUUCGGAAUAGGACAUGGGGAAAGAAGAUAUCCGGACUCGAAAGAAUCACCACAUAGAGCUCCUUUUUUCGUAGGAUUCACAAGAAGAGGACACGAAAGAUCAAGUACUUCAAGAGAGGAUGGACGAAACUCCAUGGAGAAUGGUGACGAUGAAGACUUCUAUGGAAGGCGUCGUGAUAGAUAUGGACCAUCGAAGCCAAGAAGAUUUGAUGAGGAUUUCGAAAAGAGACCUGAAUUUCAGAGGCCGGAUUCUGAAGAGAUCAGAGAGCGAUUCGAUCGUGAACGAGGAAGAGAUAAGAAGGAAGAAGAGCGACCGAAGGAGAGCGAGGAACCAGCCAUAAAACGGAAAUCUUAUAAGAAAGAAGAGCCUGAAGAAGAGCCUGCUUAUAAGAAAGAAGAGGACGAGGAAGAAGAAGAGGACCGUUCGAAUCAAAGUAAACCUUCAAAAAUUGUUGGACUUAACAUGCAAAUGUUAGGUGGUUUGUUCCCACGAGACAGUCGUAAGCCGGAAGUAGAAGACGUUGAGGACCGCGGAAAAUUUUUUCGAGGCUCACGACACGAAAAACCGAAAGACGAAUCUCAAGAAGAGAAGCCAAGAAGACGGCAAGAAGAAUCAGCCGAAGAUCAUCAUCGAAGAGAGCCUGAGCAAAAAACAGAAAAUUGGGAGUCUGAACAUGAGCAACAACAGCCUUCACAACAUCAACAGCAACAACAACAACAACAACCAGCUCCACCACCACCAAAACCACAAAUACCACCUUUCCCGCCAUUCCCAAAAUUCCCAAGUUUCGGAGGAUUCCAGCCUUUCCAACCCGACUUCCCCACCCGCCAACUCAGUGGUGAUGGCGGUCCUUCGAGUGGUCCUUGGUACGAACCUUCAAGAUCUUCCCGACGGCCACCAGCGUCUCGAGAAGGCUCUAGCAUUGAUGAAGAGCGAUCUGGCGAGGACCGACGCCGUCAUCAUGAAUCUCACCACGAUGACGCCACCUACACCACAACUCACCACCAUCAAUACCCCUAUCACGCCACAACUCUUGCUACUCCAUCCGAUGAUUCGCGUACCAGUCAUGGAGACGAGCGGGAUAAUCAACGAUCCAAUCAUGGCGAAGGAUCUGAAGCCGUAGAAAAGUCCAAAAAAGAGUUUCCAACACCUGGAAGAUUCGUUACUAGCAUUCGUGCUAAGAAAUCUGAAGAAAUUACUUCUGAAGUACCCCAGACUACAAUUGCGCCUUCGACUACAGUAAUCACCACCACCACAACAACAACGACAACCGCACCAGGAUCCAUCAUUCUUCCCGCUGAGAAUAUCGCCACUCAAGGCCCGUAUUUUAAAGGGAUCAAGCCAUUUGAAAGAAUAAAAGUCGCAAAAUAA